CGAGCAACAGCACACAGCUCAUAUACAGCAGCGGAUUGUCUUCUGUUGAUCUAGUGACGGAAAUGUGUGUUAGAAAGACUAAACUAAUUCAAUCUUUCAUUUAUGCUCAUCGUCACGGAACGGCGGCGACUCGUGUGACAGUCUGUUUCAGUAGAUGCUCCAGAACUCAGAAUGUGGAGACAGAAACUUUGAGUCCUUUUUGAGAGCUGUGUGAUCUACAACUCUAUCUAGACCAGACUGAACCUCAGGACCACACAAGGACCGUGGCUUCAGGGUUUUCUGACGGUCACUAAAAGAAUAGAUAUUCUCAGAUAUCUCAGAUCUACUCUCUUUGGUUCAAGAAUCGUGGAUUAUUCUUCUGAAGUGAAGAGGAGUUACUUCAGUGACCAUGAUUACUGACAGAGCUGGAAUACUAGAGACUAAUCUCGUUUAUUUGGGCAAACUCAAUUACAGUAACGAAUCCCUCAUGUAAAUGGAACAGCCUGUAAUUCAUUUUGCUGCAGGACUUGUGUUGACCUCAACAACGCUCUGUGCAGUUUAGAUUGUGUAAAACUGGUCACAAGAACACACAAUUCCUGGUUUUCAAGACAAAGUUGUUGGAAAAAUUCAGCUCAUAUUUGAAAACACAAUGUGUUUCCAUUAAGGAGCAGUAUCUCCUUUAUAUUUGGAGUUGAAAUGGCUCGACCUGGCUCUGGCGUUGUGGUGUCGAAGGGGUCGGGGAUGGGCUACUUGUCUCAGAGCAUGGCCCGUGUGGUGGUCUGGGAAUGGUUGAAUGAACACAGUCGCUGGAGGCCGUACAGCGCCGCCGUCUGUCAUCACAUCGAAAACAUUCUGAAGGGCGAUGCGAGAGGAACCGUCAUACUGGGGCAAGUGGAUCCACAGCUAGUGCCCUACGUGAUAGACCUGCAGUCCAUGCAUCAGUUCAGACAGGACACAGGCAUGAUGCGACCCGUGCAGCGAAAUUUCUACGAUCCGUCGUCUGCUCCGGGCAAGGGCAUCGUGUGGGAGUGGGAAAACGAUUGUGGAUCUUGGAUGCCGUAUGACAUGGAAUUGUGCGUUAGCAUCCAGAACGCAUACGAGAAGCAGCACCCGUGGCUCGACCUGAGCUCGCUCGGCUUCAGCUAUCUGGUGGAUUUUGAUGGAAUGUCGCAAACCAACCGGCAGAGCCAGAGAAAACGACGUAUCCGCCGGCGAAUGGACCUCGCAUACCCGCUCAUUGCUGGAUCCAUACCUAAAUCACAGUCCUGGCCCGUGGGCACCAACUCGGGCACCCCGUGCACGUGCCAGCAAUGUCUACUGGUGCACAGCACACGAGUGGCAUCCAAUGCCUUACUGGCCCUGCAGCAGAGGAGGAAGUUGUACGGGACGGAGGGCGGAGCCAAUCAGAACGCUGCUGCUGUGAGACAGAGCAAAACCUUUGCUGGCACCUCCCUUUGGUCGCCCACGAUGACAGUUGCCGGAGGUCACCAUAACAACAUUUCAAUAGGUGGAGGAGGGGGUGGGAAAGUGGAGAUGAGCGGGGUAAAUUUCCCAUGUGCCCCUGCGCUGGUCACCCUGCCGGCCAAACACACGCUUACUAUUAACGGACAGAAUAAUCUGAACCGCCCGGGAACACAACGCAUCACGGUGACGCCGAGCCGAGGAACCAUCCCACCAGGGGUUCCUGCACUUCCUGUGAAAAAUCUCAAUGGGUCUGGAAUGAUCCACCCGGCGUUUGCAGGAAUGACAGGUAUCCUCAUGUGUGCAGCGGGGCUCCCCGUGUGUUUGACCCGUGCUCCUAAACCGAUCCUGCACCCGCCGCCUGUCAGUAAGAGUGACCUGAAACCUGUGCCGGGAAUCAACGGCAUGCGACGCAAGACCAAGAAAAAACACCUUCGUAAGGGUAAAAACCCAGAGGAUGUGGUUCGACGCUACACAGAGAAAAUCAAAACAGCACCAGAUGAGGACUGUACCAUCUGUAUGGAGAGUCUCGCUGCAUCGUCCGGAUACGAGGGAGUUCUGACUUGUAAAGGCAUCAAACCAGAGCUCAUCGGCAAACUGGGCAGGUGUGGUCACAUGUACCAUCUUCUGUGUCUCAUCGCCAUGUACAGCAAUGGCAAUAAAGAUGGUAGUUUGCAGUGUCCCACCUGUAAGGCUAUCUACGGUGAGAAAACAGGCACACAGCCUCCUGGGGAAAUGGAAUACCACGUUAUUCCUCACUGUCUACCUGGAUACCCCGAUACCAAGACUAUACGCAUCAUCUAUGACAUUCCCCCUGGAAUACAGACGACAGAUCAUCCCAAUCCAGGGAAGAAGUUCAGCACGCGGGGGUUUCCACGUCACUGUUACCUACCCGACAAUGAGAAAGGCCGAAUGGUGUUGAAGUUGCUGAUCACUGCGUGGGAUCGUCGUUUAAUCUUCACCAUUGGGACAUCCAGCACCACCGGCGAGACCGACACAGUCGUGUGGAACGAGAUCCAUCAUAAAACUGAGUUCGGCUCCAACCUCACGGGCCACGGUUACCCCGAUCCAAACUAUCUGGACAACGUCAUGAGGGAACUGGCUGCUCAGGGUGUGGGUGAAGACAACCUGAAGGACUGAGGCGUCAACCGCAUACACUCAUUCUGCCGUCAUCUGAGGAGUUUGUGAUCGCCGAGUGACCUCUGACCUCUCUCCAGUGGCUUUACCAGUGAAUGAUAGUCCUUGCUGACCCAGAGAUGGACCGUGAGCUGAGGUUGACCGAUGAGAGGAAUUUAAGAAAACUCUUUCUGAUUCACUGUCAUAGCUUUCUCUCUGUCUCUAGCUGCUGGGCGUAUACCAGUGCAUGAGGUAGAUUUAUGCAAACACACGUAAUGAGACUUUAGGGUUGAUAUGAUAUUUUUUUUGAAAGAUCGAUGCCUCUAGAGAGCAGAGUAGCUAUUUGAAAGCCCAUUUAGAAUACAGUUAAAUGAAUGCAAAUGAGAAAAACAAUUUAACCCACUAAUAUUAAAAACUAAAGUUUAAUCGCUUCAGUAAAAUCAAACUGGUGCCAAAGUUCCAACCUGAGUUCAUUGCACUCGUUUCAACCACUUUGUGAGAAGAAAACUCAGAAAUGACAGAAUUUACUGUGACAAGUUUAAUGGAUGGAAACAAAUGAUGUUGUUACGUAUAUCAAAACGAUAAAGAUUUUUACAGUGUACACAGAAUGUAUUAAGUAAUGUAAACAAUAUUUAGCUAAUUAUUGAUCGACAAGGCUUUUGGUAGAGUUUGUAUCUGAAACAGGAGAAAACUAAUACUUCUAAUAAUUGGUUUUCUGCAUAUAUGGGCGAGUCUGAUAUGUCAGUCUAUCACUACCGAUAUCUGUUAAUCUAUCAGACAACAUGGAGAACUUUUGUUUUCAGUAGCAUCACUGGUUCUACAUCGACCUCAAACAAGAAAGGGAUGUUUUUGUGAUGUUUCAUACCUGAAUCUUUUGACACAUUCAGUGCGAGAAUUGUGCUUAGUUUGGUCUCCGUAUAGAACUAAUUAAAGGAGAAAGACUUUAAUUGUUGCCGUCUUAUAGACAGAAUCAUUACGCUGAUGUUUUGGGGCUGUUUUACAACAACUUCAAAACAUUGAGAUCUUCGACUCUUGCACUACUUUCGAUCGUCAGACCAGUUAGUGGAUUCGUUAUUUUUUGAGGAUUUGAGUAGCCCCAUUUCAGCUUGAGCUUUUCCAAGAAAAUUUCAAUAUAAUAAAUAAGGCGAGUAGGAUGUCUUCUUGAAAUAUGCAAUGAUUUAUAUUCUAUGUCGCUUUGUUUCACUUUGAUGGUCUGGUUGCAAACGUUCUUUCCCUUCAGAAGAGCUGUGUAGUUCUUUGUAUAUGUUCGGAUUGGCAUACUAGCUUACUAUUUACUGUAAGUGAACAGAACGCAUAAGUUUAUUUCUCUCACCUCACUGGAAGAUUUUAAUCAAAUCUAUCAAAACGUAAUGAGGUUUAUGCUUCAUUACAUAUAUAUAUAUAUAUAUAUAUAUAUAUAUAUUUAACUAUUGUAUAUAACAAUACAUGUUAAGCUCAAUCGACAGCAUUUGUGGCAUAAUGUUGAUUACCACAAAAAUGUAUUUCGACUCAUUCCUCCUUUUCUUUCUUUAUGUACAUUUUUAAGGAUGUUUACUGGAACACAAGACAAAAAUAUUGAUUAUACUUCAUACUGCAUAAAGAGUAAGUAGUAUACUAGUGUGCAAUUCUGAAUAAGCCCUUGUGUUUGGUAAAGCCGGUGUGUGUUACGUUCAGAGACCUCGAACUGUUCGUAGCCCAUAACAGAUAAAUCAGCUUGGCCUUUGAAGGUGAAAGUCAUUUCCAGAGACCUGCUGCAGUUUUAAAGGAGAAAUACACACUCAUUACAGCAUCCGCGGAGACGAGAGCAGAGCACGGUGUGAUCCAUCACGUUCUGGGAGGUGUGCGUUAUUGCUUUUCUUGCCGUUCUCAUUCCAGGAUGUGUGCUGAUCUCGAGCGUGAGUGCUGCUUCGGUCUCGAAGGGUUUGUGACGUUCAGAGAUGCAAUGCAACCUGCCCUGGAUCCCUCUGGGCUUUUGAUGGGCAGGGUUAUCAUUACGUGAUGGGUGAACUGUGAUUUCUUUUUACAGUGGCUUUAAAUUGCCGUUGUGAGAAACAUACCCACAUAUAUUCUUGGCCGUGAGCGUAGCAUUUUAUUUGGAAAAUCAAGACUUCCUGAUCUAUGGGGCGUCUUCUUAAGAUGUGUAACGGCCCUUUCAAGUGACUUGUGUCAGUGUUGCCUAAUCAAGCAUCUUCUGUAUCGUUAAAGAAAUAGUUAACCCAAAACAAUAAUUCUCUGAUCACUUACCAUUAUGCUGUCUUAAACUCAAAUUUCUUUCUUUUCAUUUGCGGAUCACAAACGAAGAUAUUUUGAUGGAGAUAUGAGGUAUUGUUAUCCAUACAAUGCAAGUCAGUGGGGUCCAACACAAGUCAAUGGGGUAAUCCAUAUGACUUUAGUGGUUUAAUCCAUGUCUUUUGAAGCGAUAUGUUUGGUUUUAGGUGAGAAAAUGACCAAAAUAUAAAUUCUUUUUCACUAUAAAUCUUGACAGCUGAUUCUAAACUGAUCAUGUCGCUUCAGAAGACAUGGAUUAACCUCUUCAACUCUGCGGAGUUGAAGUCUCCAAAAGGGGCGCUAUGUUGCGAAAAAAGUUUUCGUUUAAAAUGUGUCCAAAUAAAUAAGUCAGGUGUAUGGGGUGUCAUUUGAAAGCUUAGAAUCUGAACUUUUUAUAGAUAACCAUCACUUCUGCAUUUAUGUUACAUAAAAUGACAAAAUAAGGCCUGAAACAUUUGCAUUGCAAAUCAGUGCCACCUAGAGGUCAUGUGGUAGAAUUAUUAAUGUGAAUAGUCUUUCACAUAGCACAUAAAUGGGCAAGUCAUAUAUCAAAUGAAAGCUCUCAUUCUCAGGAAUGUGACUGUACAGUUUCUUUUAUUGCCCUAAUACCACAGUUCGAAAGAUUUUCAAAAGAAUCACAAAGUAAAAUAUGAUAUUUGUAAGACAUCAAAUACAACCAUUUAAUUUAUGCACUGAUCACUGCUGUGGUAAGCCCCAAAUAGCUAAAAACUUUAUAUCUGCUUUUACCUUAGGCAGUCUUCUAAAAAAUGAGCCAUUGUUUACUUGUCUGUGAGGUUGCUUGGCUGAAUAAUCUAAUGUUAUAUCUUAGAUGGCCAGAACAAAAUAUGCAGUCCAGCAGGAAAAGCAUGCUAAACAAAUCAUCGAAAUAUAAGUUAUCGAAUAUUGAUGAUAACAUGUUAUACAUAAUUACAAAGGAGAGGAUCUCAGCUUUCUAAUGACACCUAGAUUGAGCUUCUAGUCCACUCAGAGGCCGAAAUAUUCAAUUAAAUAACAAGGGUGGUGCUUGAACUGAAAAUUAGACUGAAUGUCUAUGGACGAGCACAUCUGUGAGGGCUAAAAUGUGGUAGAGUGCUACCUAUAUUUUUUGCAUUUUGUGACGGAAACUGAUAAUUUUGGUGAAAAGUUAUUUUUUAUAGUUCUUGCUGCCAUCUUGUGGAAUAAAAUACGACUUUUUGGAGGGAGAUGGAGUGAACAGAACCAGAAUUACAUGCUUACAAAGUUAUUUAUGGAUAAUUGGAGUCUUUUCUGAAAAAAAAUUAGACCAAUUUUUGGCAAUUAGUCCAUAUUAUGUGUAGAUGGUGAGCUUUUAAAUUUGAGUGUGAAAAAUUGCAGACGGCAGCCCAAAAAUGCUCCAGAGUUGAAGUUAAACCACUAUGAUGCCUUUAUGUCCUUGAAAGUGUUGGUCCCCAUUGACUUGCAUUGUAUGGACAACAACGCCCCAUAUCUCCAUUUGUGUUCUGCAGAAGACUGAAGGUCAUAUGAGUUUGAGAUGGCAUGAGGGUGAAUUUUCAUUUUUGGAUGAACUACUCCUUUAAGGCUUCUCAGCGAUGUGUCUUGUAAUGCUUUGAAGUGUAUACAGAAGUAAACAUAUAUAUUUAAAAACGUGAUAUAUCUUUGAAGUGUAUGUUUAAAUUAUUUUUCUACUUACACAUGGCAUACAUGUGCAUCAGCGUGUAUCUACAUACACAAAACACAUAGUACAUGUACAUAAUUAAUAAAUGCUUUUAGUCAAAUCUGACAGUUUGUCAGUAUCAUCAGGGACUGUUAAAAUAUGUUAUGAACGUCUUAUAUAAAUAGAGUAGUGAUGCAAUGGUCGCUUUUGCUACAUCGAUGAUGUCGAGUUGGAGGAGUUUGUUGCCGUGACUUAAACCCGCCCACCCAAACGAGUGGUGUACCUUUAUAUAUCUGCAGGGAAUAUUUUAAUCAUCGAACAUUUAUUGCUGUUUCAUAUGUACUGAUAUUCUGAUAUUCGUGCUUUCAUUUCAAAUGUAGAGUUUGUCAAAGAUGGAGAUAAAUAUUUGUCAUGCCUGCUUGGUCUUGUGCGUAUGGAAGCCCUGAACCGCACUGUAGAAAAAAACAAUUUCACUAGGUGAAUAUAUAAAAAAAAUAAAAAAAAUAAUGUCUUAGUGCCUUCCUGAGCCUGUCCUACAAAAAAUAUAUAAUAAAUAAAAAUAUUUUUUUCUUGCUAGCUAACAAUUAGCAUGCGGUACCAACCUCGGCCACCAGGUGAAAUCUUAUGCUUAUAAGGUGACAGAUGACAACUGUGGUACUUGAUAUGUUGAUUUAUAGUUGUGUAAAUAUAGCGCAUGUUUCAUACGUGGGCCAACAAAUUAAAAAAGCUAAAAAUAUCAAUAGCAGCAUCGAUAUUUCCAGUGGUGAAUGUCAUCAAACAACCAGAAAUAACUCCCGAUGUCACACUUGACAACGAAUGCCAUAUGAAACAUAUGUAACCUGAGGUAUAUUCAUUUAAUUAUGGGAUUUCAUGUGUUAGUAGACUCUCAAACAUUAUAAAUGUUUCUUUCCUUAAUUAAGAUUUCAUGCUUACUGAUAGUGGCAUCUGGUGGCCGAGGUUGGUACUGCAUGCUAAUUGUUAGCUAGCAAGCAGGAAAAAGAAAUCUCAUGUGUUUCUUCUUGAGGAGGGGAAAAAAUUAGAGAAAAAAAAUUUAGAGAAUUUUCUUUUUUGGAGAGAAUUUUUUUUAUUUUUUUUAUUUUUUUUUAUUGUAGGACAUAGGCUCAGGAAGGCACUAAGACACCUAAAAAAUAAAAAAUAAAUCACCUACUGAAAAUAAUUUUUCACGGUGCGUUUUCGGGCAACCUACAUUUCAGUUUGAAUUUCAGCAUAAAUUUGAGAUCGCUAAAUGACACAAUUAGCCAACUGUAUUUUGAAUCUCUCAAAAUGUGUUAAAACCGCAAGGAGCAAGUUGAUUUAAAAGACUUCUUAUCUAUGAAUGUACAAGGACACAGUGUGUUUUUAAGUGUGUAUUUCUUGUACGUUUUUCUCCGUUUUUAUUUAUCGCUUUUAAACUUUUUACAGUUCAUUUCGGACAAAUUAAAAGUGCAACUAGUCCAUGUAGAUUUUUAGUUAGUAUAAGCUCAUAAAAACCGCAUGUUUAAUACUUUUACAAUAAUGAAAUGUUUAAGAUGUAGUAUGUUACACUGCGGGACAUGCUGUCAUGUUGACUACCCAAAUAUUAAGAAAGUACAGAACUUAAUACCAGGUUUGAUCAAACUUUCAUUGUAAACAAAAGAAUUUCGGGAUUUUAACGGGAUAAAAAACUGGUGUUUGUGCAGAUACUGUAGCUUUAAUUAGCUGUUGGAUUUUGUCUUAUUUCUCAUUAUGUAGAUUCUAUGCAUUGACAUUGUUGCAAGACAUGUAAAGAGAAAAAAGAAGGUUGAGAAUUUUAUUGAUUUGAGGAGAUUUCCUGUGACAGACUUUACGAUAGUGAGAUAUUUGAGAGAUUUGGCCUUAAUAUGCAAAGUUUUGCGAUGGACGUUUUCUGCUGAACGGCAGCUGUUUCAUUUUUUCUUGCUUGCUGUGGACGCUCUUUACAAAGGUGACUAAUUAGACCCCCCUCAUUAGUCCUAAUUAGAUCAUUUAUUACCUGUCCAUCCCAAAAAUAACUUGCACAUGUCAGUUUUAAAUGUUUGACUAUAUGCGCAAUAUUUGAGCCGUUUUACAGUAAUAUUUUGAGGUGAUUCGUCCUCUCGGCUGUAUGUUGCUAAUGUGCUUUUAUGAUGUAUUAAAUAUUUAAGUGUGUUUGUUUUUAUGGCUUCUGGCUCACCUGAACAUUGUCGAUGGCAGAUCAGGUGAAUUAAGACCAUAUGGCACCAAAACACCUGCUGACAAACGGCUUUAUCGAGCCAAGUCAAGCUGUGUUUGAAGAGAGAAAUAUAUACUGUACCAUUCCAGAUUCAUCACUGUAUUAUAAUGAAAUGUGUCUGUGAUGGAACUAAAAAAAAGUGUUUCCCAGUAGGAAAAAAGCUUUCUAAUGAGAAAACUGCUGAAUAAUUUUGUAGCUGGCACACAUUUAAGUGUGUCACAACCUAAAACUACAAAAAAAUCACUUUUGUACUCAAUAUUUUUGUCUUGUCUUCUAGUAAUACAGGAUACAUAUACCUGAGAAGCAAAAUUGUGCAAGACUUUAGUACUCGCUUUCAGAAAAUAUAUAUGUUGUAUUCACUAAAUGUGUUACAUUUAUACAAGACAAAGAUGCUGAUGAAGAUUUUUUAUUUUUUUUGCAUAUCAUUAAUCUUAAUUUAUAGAAAGGAUAUUAUGGUAUAUGUGUUUUGGGGGGCAGUGGCUGGUUGCAACAAACCCCUUAACCCUCCUAUGGUAUUGAAAAAUGGCAACUCCCUUUGGUAUUUGCGGUCAUUUUUGACCGGAUGGUUUAAAUACCCUUUUUUUUUUUUUUGAUGAUGAUGAUGAUGGUAAUAAUACCAUUUUUGUUCCUGAAGUAAGAACAAUAAAAUUAUGCAUUUCUUUUGGGAUUUACAUGUACAUUUCUACAUUUUACCAUUAAUUUCAAUGUACAAAUAAGCACGUUUUUGGAAAAAAAUGACAAAUUCGGAACCUGCACUCCUAUAAGUAGAAACAUGAAGAAAAUAUAAGAAUGUGACAUAAAUUAGAGGCAGAUUGCUGCCAUCUGGUGAACAAAAUAUAAAUAACAUGAGUUGAAAAACAUGUCAUGCCAGUAACAGCCAGUAGAUGACUGUAGACACAUACUGUGUAGUCUGAUGACUUGUUGUAACCUAAUUUUAUAUUUUAUCACAAGAUAUGCAUUUAGAUAUAUAUUUAGACAUUAUCUACUAUUAUAUUAUUAUUAUUCAAAGUUUAGCAAUUUAAAAUAGAUUUGAAGUGUCAGUUUUUGCAGUUAUUGUCAUUAUGCUUGCAGUCAAACCUGACCAUGGUGUUACAAAGAGAAGACACAGAAUAAGCAUUUGUUUUUGUUUUUUUCUGCAUGGUGGCUGAUUAAUUGAUUAUAUUUGACAGAUAAAAAAAAAAUUGCUCUGUUUUUUGGGCUUUCCCAUUCAUUUUCAAUGAUCGGUCAAAUUUGACCGUAAAUACCAAAAGUGUCGCUUUUUUGUUUUGUUUUUGUUGACCACUUAGACAAAUCAACCCCCAAUGUUCAGAUGGCGAAUGGAGUAAAGUUCACCAAGUCUUGUACUGCUCAGAUAAAGGAAACCAUUUUUAUUAUAUUUAAAAAAUGUAUUUUGAUCAAAAAUGACCGAAUACCAUAGGAGGGUUAAGUUAAUAAAACCCCUAGUUAUAAUUCUAAUCUAAGGGUUAUUAUAACUAAGGGUUUUCUUCGCUUGAAGCCGAAGUGUGCCAUUUCGGCAUUACUAGCGUCACCCAUUAGAAUUGCAAAAAUGAUGACUGUUUUCAAACAAGUUUUCCCAAACAAACAGAUAGUCCUGCCCCAGACUCACGCCAUUGGUUGAGUCAGUGGUGCUGUGUCAGGCUCGUCUGUGUUUUGGAAGUGCCACAGAGUCACAGUGUUUACACUUUUGGGGAAAAUCAACCUACAGAUGGUUUAUUUCUAGGUUUCUCUCUAUAUUAAAUUGGGAUCCAAAAAAUGACACACAGAAUCACCUUUAAGGGGUUUGUUGAAACUGGCUGCAGAUUUUUAAGGAUUAUUGGCCUUGACAGACAAUUCGACAGAUGUUUGGCUUUAUCGUUCUUUGCCUUUUGUCAUCUGUCGUUUUCUUUCACCUUUCACGCGAUACGGAUCCUUCUGUCAACGCAGACGUCCAUCUGUUGAUCUCAAAUAAAAAGCGCCUGGAUUUUUCUAUGAUCUGUUUCUCAUGUCAUUGAACUCUUACAGGCAAUAGAAUUACAAUGUACAUUAGGAGAAUCUAUUUAAAAUAUCAGACGAAUUGUUGUUUGAUGAAACGUUACAAGGGCUUUUAUGAUACGUGUCUUAAUCUGUUAUGAUCUUGUUGCAUGUCUGUGUUUUCAGUUAAAUAAACUCUUUGAACCUAUAGAGAAUUAUUUGAUCAAAUCUUCUCCUUGUAUUUCUUCUUGUCUUCUAUGAUUCUAUUCUUUUGUCUCUGAAGUUUAUACGGUAUUGCUUAGUGCAUGGGCGAGUUAAAAGAGGGGCUGGUGGGGCAUUGCCCCCCUAUAUUUGCCUUGAACCCCCCUUUAACUCACCCAUGCACUGAAAGUGUUUUUGUGUCCAUCGGCGCUGUUUUGUAAUUGUUUUCCGAUGUAAACAUUAGCUUUACAGACUUCUUUGACCGUUGCACCACCUCUCGCUGUUUAUUCAGCGUCUUGCACAAAGUUUUUUAGACGCCGUGUAAUUUAAAAAGAACUUCCUCUUAAAAAAACAACAACUUGGUUUUGUGUUCUGUUCUACCGUUGGACUGUGCCUAGAUUUUGAUAGCAAAAUAAUGAGUUCGUCUGAAUGGUCCAUUUAAGGUGUGUUCACACUGAUAACAAUUUAUAGCAUCGAGGUGAAGGAAGUCAUAUCAAAUGCACGUGUAUGUAUCAGGCGCAGCACGUAAGGUAAGACACGUUUAUUGUGUUUGCUUUUCAUGUCUCUUAAUUAUAAUGUGUUUAAAUCCCAUACACUGUGAUCUUAACUUCUACAUUUAAUUAAACACUGCACUAAUUUCAGUCAUUGUUGUAUCAACU